GGACGAGAUGGCGUCGGUCACGUGACUAUCUGAAAGUGGGUUGAUACAAAUUGCAGAUCAUAAUUGCAAGGGAAUUUGCGAAAGGUAUCCAUGAAUUUCCAGGGUCAUGGAUGACAGUAUCCAUGGUGAUGUGCUCCUGGUAGGAGAAGGAGACUUCUCAUUCUCUGUGUCCUUGCUAUCCCAACACUCCAUUGAAAAACUCCAACAUGUGACCACCACUAGCUUAGAGUCAGAAGAGUCCAUCUCAAAACAUCAAGCAGCAGGAGAGUGUAUCCAACAGCUCAGGAAACAUGGUCUGACAGUGCUAUUUCAAGUUGAUGCUACAAAACUCCAUGAAAACCUUGAUUUAAAAAGCAAAACUUUCGAUAGAAUCAUUUUCAACUUUCCUCAUGUGGGUGGAAAAUCCAAUAUAAAGAAAAACCGAAAGCUACUUGACGACUUCUUUCUGAGUGCUUCAAAUGUGUUGAAAGCAAAUGGUAAAAUUUUGGUGACCUUGUGCAAAGGACAAGGUGGAUCAGCGGCCGAUCAACCAAUGAGAGCUUGGCAUAACAGUUGGCAAGUGGUUUCCAUGGCAGCCAAUGCUGGGUUCAUUCUCAGAAGAGCAGUACCUUUUCAGACAAACAGCUAUGUGCAGUACAACAGUACUGGGUUCAGAAGUCAAGACAAAGGAUUUCACACUGAGAGAGCAGUAACUCAUGUAUUUGAGAAGGCAGAGAUGGUUCCUGUACCAGAUCAGACGUCUGUCAGACAUUAUCUGUCUAACAAAGUCAACAGGAGGCUACAUGAGGAGGCUGGCCACCCUGUGUGUGAGGUUAGGAGACAACUGGAGGAGAGGCUCGUUACUAGUGACGGCAUUGAAGUCCAGCUGGUCACUGUCAGAACUCCUAUUCUGAGGCAACCAUUGGAGUGGUCAGGAAAGUCAGCAAUGUCGUCACCAGUGAUGUCCUCCGCACAGCGUGUUGAAAAACUUUGCAUAUCAGAUUCUGAGGUAGCCAUUGAAACUGAAGAUACAUCAUCUGUAACACAUGACAAAUCUACAUGCAGCCACAGAUGUACACGUGGCGACACAGCCACAGGCGACGACACAUCUACACCUGACCAUAUACCUACAUGUGACCACAAAUCUACACACCAGGAGACAUCUGUGCAUGUCAGUACACAUGUACACCAGUGUUACUACCUGGGCUCCAGGAAUCCACUUUCUUGUUAUGGGCCAAUAGUAAAGGAUCACCAUAACAUACCGGAGACAUCAUUGGUCCAAGAGCCAUGUGGUAGCCAAUCAGAUACAAUGACAAAUAUUACAGAAGAGGCAACAGAUUUACAAAAGGACUACACAGAGACAAGACAACAAUCAACAGAAACAGGUGCACCUACAGAAGCUACAAAUAUUUUACUGAAUGAGGAACAUCUACGAAUGUCAAUGCUGGAACAUUUAGGUGACUUUAUACAGCAUACAAAGCAUAGUCCUAAACAGAUCGUCAUAGCAACAGGAGAAGUGUAUAGACGUUGUCAGAUAAACCCUAAUAUACAACCAUGGGGAGUGGAAAUGAUUUGUGUUUUACCAGAACUCUCCACUGAAGAGGAAGAAAAUGGUGAAGAAAAUGUUGAAUCUUUUCCUCAAAAUUUCAACUCCAUCUAUUACCAUGCCAAUCAAAUGUGCACUGAAAUAAAAGCAGCACUCGGAUCAUGUGGGAAGAUUAAUGUAGAAAGAGUAGGCACACCAACCAUAGUAACUACAGAUUUGUAUUCACUUGCUGCAAUAAAUAUGUGUGUUCUUGGUGAAAAAGGGAGAACUGUCGAAACUAUUGGCUCGGUAAUGGUGUACAGACCGAAAGAACAGCUGAGCCGACCUAUUCUGGUGGUGGAUGUAGCCAAAUUGUCGAUCUGUCUGUAUCAGAUUCCACACGAGACACUACUCUGGUCUCCCGACAGGAAAGUCACGCAGCAGUUCAAAAGGGAAGGUGGUGAUUGGCCAAUAUUCAAAACUGUUAGUUUAUACCCACUUACAUUAACUUUUGACAUGAGUUUCUGGGAGAACACUUUUGUGAGUACAUUUGACACCCUGCUGUACUACGAUAUCAUAAGGAGUGUAGCAGGUGAUGAGAUAUCGUCAGUAGAAUUGCUAGAAACUUACCAGGACAUACAGACAGACAGGCCUAGUCGGUGUCGCAGUCGAUGCUACCGACUUACUUUCCUGUCACAUGAUCGGGUGUUGUCAUACAACACUUCCUGGCAACUACAGAGUGUCAUACGACUGGAGGUGGCCCGAAUCAUGGGUGUGGAGCUGAGAUAGGCAGUCAUUCAGUUACAUUUCUUUGUUCAAAGAGAUAAUUACAAUAUCAAAAUUACUUUUCAGUCUUGAUUAAUCAAAUUCUGGUUACAGUUAAGUUAUGUGGGUGUUCUAUCUAAUGUAAAAAAAACACUAUUUUGCCUGAAAUUCACAAAUUCUGAACAGCAAGAAAAACAUGUAAAUAAAACAAUAGGCCCUUGUCAGUAUCUUGCAUUUUUGAUUGAACAGUGUUUGUUUGCAAAAUAUAUUUAAUGCUGAAAAGCAUUUGAAGUUUUCAACACAAAUUUUGAUUGCUGAGUGAGAGCACACAAAACAACUGGUAUACCCAACUGAGCUGUUGACCUUGAGGUUCUAAAAGUGAAACAUGACGCCUUGUCUAGUCACUAUCCAUACAUAUAAAUGAAAUAUCACAUUUAAUUACUUUUUUACAGUAUUUUAUUCAAUUAUUUAACAUAGCUAUAACAUGCAUGCAUUUCAGAGGGAUGGAAUACUCAAUAGCAUGGUUAGAGCUUCUUUAAAUACCUGUCAGAUUUAUUUUUGCUGAUCAACACAUUGCUGUGACUUUGAUACUUUGGAUAAAACCUAUGUGUUGUAGUCAUACUACAUACAUGUAUAUCUGCUAUAUUUCAUUGAAUGAAGUUGAUUAAUUUUAAUGAUAUAGCAUGAAUAAGAAUUGCAGUGAUUUGACCUUGAACCGUAUAUCAAUACUGUGACCAUGACCUUGGAAUUUGGACUUAUAUUUUGUCUUGUCAAAGUACAUUCUUAUGAAAUUUUAUCCAAUACUGUUGAAUAGUUCAAGAUAAUCUGAUAUACAAGAAUUCCACGGAAGUAGAUGUGUCGCCUGCGCAGGAAGCUGGGAGAUUACGAAGAAAUAGAUACACUUUUC